CAUCCGCAAACGUCAAACGUCCACUCGACACAUACCCAUUAUUUUUGAGGUUAUGUUCCCGAAGAUUGUUUUUCGGUCUAUUUAACGCUUCCAUAACUAAAAAUCGCCGUUUUUAGUGGAAACAGCUCGAAAAAUGCCCCUGAAAUUCAACUAAUCGCCAAUCGAAAACCAUUCCACCUUCACAAUGGCUAGAGAACUCACAGACUACGAAAGACAAUACCAGGAGGACUUGGAACGCGCUCAAGCCCUCAGCCUGGAAUCCCUCGCCCUAGAACAGUUCAAAAACAAACGCUUGCAGGAGCUCAACGCCGUCAAAAACAAGAACGUCUCAGUAGCGAGAACUCCUUCGAUGAACGAGACGGAUUCGAGCCGGCCCCAGAGCAACCCCAGACCAAGGCCGGGGCCUUCAGGCGGAAACCAGUCUAGUUCCUUGCUGGCGCCCCCACCGCAAACCAGUCGCAAAAAUUUCUCCAGUUAUGAUUCUCCAGAUCUCAUUUCAUUCGCAAAUCCUCCGACUAGCACUGAUAAUAUCAUCGAGUUUUGUAACAAGCAGACUUACAGCAAUAACAGUAUUACUACUUUUCCGAGUGCGACGAAUUCGUUGCAACAUUAUUCAUAUAGGCCCCAGAUGACCUCUUACAUAUCUAAUGCAUUUACGCCAGUACAGCAGCACCAGGUUUGGUAUAAGCCGGGGAAUAAUGGGAAUUAUAGCCCCUCGAGUAACUUGGGGACGCCUGUGAAUAUGCAGGCCCCCAUAUUUCAAGCAUCGAGUAGUUUCAAUAGAGCCAUAUCGGCCCCAGCACUGCCACCCAAGAACCAGCACCGCACGCCGCCCCCGCUGGUCCUGCCGUCGAGCCGCUCCACCGCCGCCGUCGUCCAGCUCCGCUCCGCCCCCAAGCCCAGCGGGCCGGACCUCAUCGACCUGGCGCACGUGGAGGACACCAGCAGCGUCCGCGUCAGCAUCCUCCAGGAGUUCGACCCGAUCCUCUCCUCCGGCGAGUACUCCAGCUUGCGAACCAUCAGCCCCGAGUGCGCCAUCGACGACUGCGCCUCGGUCUGCGGCAGCGUCUACGACGAGUACGACCCGUAUGACAUCUACACCGGCUCGGGAAAUAACAGUAUGGCGGAUCCGCUGUAUGCGGCGGUGGUGAAGUCGGAGAGCACGCCGCAGUCGCCGCCUCCGCUGCCGCCAAGGGAGCGGAUAGUGGGACGGGUGACGGGGAAGCUGAAUUUGCUGGAUUGUGUGAGGAGAGCGGAGGAGAAAAUCAACAGGGAUUCGGAUUUGAGGGCGUUCUAUAAUAUGGUGAAGGGGGUGAGGAACAAGUACCAUUACAAGGACGUUGAUACGAAUAUGGGGUUGGUGAUCAGUCCCAUGGUGAAUUAUGAGUAUAGGGAAGGGAUUAGCAUCAAGUUGUGUGUGUAUCCGGAUUUCGACGGGGCGGAUAUCAGCAAACCCAUUAAUUUUACUUGCGAUGUAAAUUGCAGCAUUGAACACGUCACUCUUCAACUAAUGUGCAAUUUGGAGGCUCCGUCGAAGGACAAGUAUACUUUAAAAGUGUGGGGUUGUAACGAGUAUUUAGUACCUAUUACGCUUCUGAAAGACUACGAGUACGUGCACACCUGCAUCAAGUUGGAAGAAGACGUACUGCUGACUCUUAUUCCGGACUCUAAAGUCGACAAAUCUUUCGCUAGAACCCUUCAGGACGACAGUAGAGACAAAGAUUUAACAUUUGAAGACGUCGUGCCUAAUGAUACUACCAUUCAUAUUUCGUAUGAUAACCUCGUGAUUUUGUUAGAAACCGUGGAAAGCGAAAUGAAGAAGCUCGAAGAUGCCUCCAGCCAAAUGGAGAACUGCAGCAACUCCACCGCCAUGCCAAGCUUACAACCCCUCAAGGUCAUCCAAUCCGUGAAAUGUAUCAUCAACUUAAUGGGAAACCUCUGCACUCUAGACUUAACCGUAGCCGUCGAAGAGCUACAACGAGUCUGCAAAGUAUUUUUAUCGCUCAGAGAAAAAAACAUGACCUUCUCGGAAACGAUCUCGAGCAUCUGCAACCGAAUCCGCAUAUCUAUACAAAACCUCAUAGAAAUGUAUUCGCAAACGUUCAAAGUGGACUUCGAGGUGAAAAAGUCUUUAUCGCACCCGGAGCCACCUAAGUACGUCCCCGACAUAUCCGACUCGUUGGUGAUCCGCGUCUGCGCCAUCUACAGGCCACACAUCGACUGGAAGCACGAUUCCUUCAUGGUCGCUGCCCAGAUCUACCACGGGACGAGACCCAUCGGUCACCCUGUGCUUUCCACACUGUGCAUUAAGACUGAAAAGGACCAACUGUGGCCCGCCAGGAUCAUUUUCGAUCAUUGGUUUGAAAUGGACGACGUGCCAAUUAGUUCGUUAGCGAGAGAGUCAAGACUGAAAUUGGUGAUUUACGGGAGGACUGUGGAGGCACCGGAAGGCAACGACGGCCAGAGCGAGCCCAAGUACACCCAGGUCGAAAUCGGCUGGGCCUCGGUUCAGUUCUUCAACUACGAAGGCGUUAUGGUCCACGGCAACGUGAUCCUGUCAAUUUGGCCACCCGAAUCCCAGUUCUUGCACGGCGCCCCUCCCCCCUUCGGCACGCACCCAGUACCGGACCACCCCAUGAUGGAUAUCCAGAUCGCGGGUCUAUCUAAGGCGGAGUUCCCGAAAGUGCCGCCUGAUUUGAUCACGAACGUGGUUAAGGGCGACUUUCACAGUUUGGACCAGUCCACGCAACAGCAGUUGAACGAUAUAUGUGAACAGGAUAUGCUAUAUAGACUCCCGCCGGUGAUAAGGGAAGUGUUGUGGGAGAAGAGGCACUACUUGUACCAUAUUCCCGAGGCGCUUCCGAAGGUUUUGUUGGCGGCCCACAGCUGGGAGUACGCCUGCUUACCGGACCUACACGGGAUGCUGCACGCUUGGACACCCCUCAAACCCAUACAAGCCCUGCAGUUGUUGCUGCCGACCUUCCCCGAUUUGGAGGUCCGCAAGAUGGCGAUCCACUGGAUCAGCGGUCUUUCCAACGACGAACUCAUCGACUACAUCCCCCAGCUCGUGGUGGCCUUGAGACACGAAACCUACGAAAACUCUUCCCUCGCCCAGUUCCUUUUAGAUCGUGCCUUGCGGUCGCCCCGCUUCGCUCACCACUUAUUUUGGUUGUUGAGUCACACACUUCCCGGUUCCAACCCCCAGAACACCUUCGCCGAACUGUCGGAGAAAGAAGAAAUCACCCUCGGAGAAGUGCGCCACCACAGACGCAUGAAGCUCAUGCUGAGAUCGCUGUUGGCGAUCUGCGGCGAGGCUCUGAGGACGUGCUUCUUGUCCCAGCAGCUCUUGGUCAAGGACUUGAACGACAUCGCCGAAGCCGUGAAGAAAACCAAGGAGUCGCAACGCACCACGGUUUUACACAACCGUCUUCGGGUGGUGGACGCCAACCUCAACGACAACCCCACGAGUUUACCUUUAUCGCCAACUUUGAAAGUCGCUGGGGUUCAAGUGAAGUCGUGCUUCUACUUCCCGUCGUACACUUUACCUCUGAAGAUCAGUUUUUUGGAUCCGAAGGAGACCGUGAUUUCCGCGAUUUAUAAAGUCGGUGAUGAUUUGCAGCAGGACAUGCUCACGCUACAAAUGGUGAGGUUGAUGGACAAGUUGUGGUUGAACAAAGGGCUGGAUUUGAAGAUGGUGUCGUUCGUUUGUGUCCCCACGGGAAAGAAAAAAGGGAUGAUCGAGAUGGUCACGAACGCUGAGACCUUGCGGAAAAUCCAAGUCGAGCAUGGAUUGACCGGGUCAUUUAAGGAUAAACCGAUCGCGGAAUGGUUGGCCAAACAUAACCCCUCAGAGCUGGAAUAUCAGCGAGCGGUGGAAAACUUCACAGCGUCCUGCGCCGGCUACUGCGUCGUCACUUACAUCCUAGGCAUCUGCGACCGCCACAACGACAACAUCAUGCUAAAAACCUCCGGCCACCUCUUCCACAUCGACUUCGGCAAGUUCCUAGGCGAUGCUCAGAUGUUCGGUAACUUCAAACGGGACCGAGCGCCUUUCGUCCUCACCUCCGACAUGGCCUACGUCAUCAACGGCGGCGACCGGCCCUCCGAAAAAUUCCACAAGUUCGUGGACCUCUGCUGCCAAGCUUUCAACAUCAUCCGAGACAACGCCAACUUGUUCCUCUACCUCUUCACUCUGAUGGCGUCCUCGGGCAUCUGCGGCAUGACUCCCGAGUCGGUGGCGUACCUCCACAACGCUCUUCUUCCUAACAUGUCUAACCCCGAAGCUGCGGCUUUCUUUGCUCGGUUGAUUGAAAGUUCGCUCAAGUCGUGGUUUACUCAGUUUAAUUUCUUUUUGCAUAAUUUGGCACAGAUGAAGUUUAGUAGUGACCAUGAUGAAGGGUCGUUGUUGACUUUCGUGCCGAAGAGGUACAGUAUGGCGACGGAUGGGAAGCUGGUGCAUGUGCAGGUGGUGAGUUAUAAGAAGAGGUACGAUCCGGAUAAGUACUACGUUUACGUGUUGAGGGUGAGUCGGGCGGGGGAUAAGAGCUACAUGGAGAUACAGAGGACGUAUAAGGAGUUCUGCGAGCUGCACCAGAAGUUGUGUAUUUAUUUUCCGCUGGCCAAGUUACAUAGUUUAACUACCGGACUUCAUGUUGGAAGGUCUAACAUUAAGCAAGUGGCCGAGAAGAGGUACCAGGAAGUGAGUUCUUUCAUAACUUCGUUGUUCAAGUGUGCCGACGAAAUCGCUCAUUCGGACUUGGUUUACACGUUCUUCCACCCUCUGCUGAGGGACCAGCAGUACUCCGAGGAGUAUGCGAAAAAAGCGAAAGAUCGGAAAGGGGUGUCGAAGAAUGAAGCCGGGAGGUUGAAAGGACAGCUGAAAUUGUCGUUUCAGUUUUCUAAGGGCGUGUUUAGGGUGAUGGUGUACCAUGUGAGGGACCUGCCGCUGCUGACCAACGGACAGGAACCUUCCACCUACGUUAAGGUCUAUCUGCGCCCUGAUACCUCGAAGGAAACGAAGCGGAAGACGAAAGUCGUGAGGAAGAAUUGUCACCCCAGUUUUGUGGAAAUGCUGGAGUACCGGAUGGCGCUAGAAGUCAUCCAAGAGAAGAGCCUCCAGGCCACCGUCUGGAACUACGACCCCCUCCAAGAGAACGAGUUCUUAGGGUGCGUCGAGCUGCCGCUGAUGGACAUCGACUUAACCAAAGAGACCACCGAGUGGUACCCGCUGGUCAACCUGACCAGAUAGCAGUUGUUUUUCCAAUGAAGCGUCAAUUAUUGUGAUCGGAAUUCAAAAUGGUGCUCUUUAUAUCCAGAUCUUACACAUAUGUCGCACUUUUAAUAUUUAUAACUCAGCAAUAAACGCCUGAAUCGCUUGACGGGACGCGAAAACCGGUUGUAUUGAGAUUUUGUCGCGCUUAAGGCUGGUUUACCGAUGUGGCUUCAGCACGUGAACUAACCUUAACGUUUUAUUUAUUUAUUGCUUUUAGUCAUUUAUUUAUUGGUAGUUUUAUUCAUUGUUAAUGUUUGGUUGUAUUUAUACCAAAGCUGUAUUCUGUAUUAUUUACGAGAUGUAAUGACACGAUUCCAUUAACUAAACCAUAUUCAGCAUUCCUAGAUACGAACUAUAUAUUUGUUUACUGAUCAUAUCGUAUUACAAUGCAUUUAUGUCUUUUGUAAUUUUGUCUACAAUAUACAUGUUUCAUAGA